AUGCCUUCAUUAACUUCAUCUACGUCGUCCUUCACCACCCCCGUUAUGACAGUCCCGGCUAGUGGUAACAACCCAUAUAUUCUCAGACAGGAGAACCCAAGUGGAACUGUGUUUAUAGCUGUAGGUGCUUGUGUAGGUGCCAUCUUCCUCGGGUUUAUCUUGUACCACUUGAUCGUGUCGUUCACAGCAUCCAGAUUGGCUAAGAAAACGAUGGCUUCAGAGAAACAACUUUAUGCCACUUACCAAAAUAACAAUGGCUCCGCUUAUGGAUUUGGUCCUGAUGGUUCUACCGGUACUACCCUCAACUACAACUCGGAAUAUCAACCUUCUGUAGCUAAGCUACCAUUGUUGACUCCUAGUAAAUCUGUACUUGGUAGCUUAGGAGGAGGAAUGGGAUAUUCCUUUGGUGGCUCUCAGUUGGGGGACACUUCUACCAUCUACCAAUCAGAAGCUGCUGGUCCUACUACCAAACAUGACAUGACCAAGAUGUUCAUCUCGCCUACUGCCGAAGUAAUGCAACACAAGAGAGUCAAGUCUUCGCUGUAUGGAGGCUCAGUGACGAACUUGUCUUUUGCUGGUGCUUCCACUACAAACUUGGUACCUGGUCAGGGUACUAAUAGAAACUCAUUCUAUGGCAUUUCUGAGGCUAACAACAGCGACUAUUCGGUUCUACUUGGUCAUAGUCGUGCAGGCCCCUUGUUGUCAUCGCCAGGCAUGCCUGCUGCUGAAGGUCCUUCUGCUCCCAGAAAGACGAUUCCUUCGAUGUACCUUGAGGACUUAAUGGACAACAAGUCUACUCAUGACAUGUAG